AUGGAGCCCAGUGAAACCCAGAGCAGCGAGAGCACCACUCGUGGUGAUCCUUCCUUACUUAACAUUGCAGAAAACAUACUGGAGCAGACUAAAGCCGUUACCAGGUACCUUCAGAACAAUAACCUCGCCGAGCCGACAUUUUAUCCUAAGUCGAGCCAGCCCCCCACCACGGAUGAGUACCUGCAACUGCAGAGUAGCCUGCGAACGUCUCUAGAAGACCUUCAACGGCUAGUCGAGGGCCCGAAGAGGUUUCUGCGGUCAUUCGUGACCAUGGGGUACGACAUUGCAGCCCUUCAGGUAGCUCUGGACUUUGACUUCUUCACACUCGUACCACCGGACGGAGACAUUUCCAUGGAGGAUUUGGCAGAAAAAGGGGGCCUGGACUUGGACCGGACAAGUCGAGUCGUUCGUAUGUUGAUAACGCAUCGCUUAUUUGACGAGAAACGACCAGGCUAUGUAUCGCAUAGUGCGAGUUCUCUUGUCUUGCUAGAAGAUGAGGAGUUGCGCUGUACUGUGCAAUACUCAUUCGACGAGAUGCUGAAAGCGGCUGCGGAUUCAAAUGUUAGUCUGAAACAAUACCCUUCUGAAUCAGACAGUACACAUUGUCCCUUCUAUACAAGACAUGGGCUUCCACUCUUCCAAUACUAUGCCAAAUACCCCGACAAAGCUGCGCGCUUUGCAAAAGCCAUGGCUGGGGCGACGAGAAUGGACCGCCACAUCAGAGAACUGCGAGACUGCUUCUCCUGGGGAGACCUUAAAGGUACUGUUGUCGACGUUGGCGGUGGGAGUGGUCAUAUCUCGAUGUCGCUAGCUCGGUCGUUCCCGCAUCUUAAUUUUGUGGUACAAGACGAGUCGACCAACAUGCUUGACGAAGGCCGUGCGAUUUUAACGGACGAUGUUAGGGAACGCAUCACCUUCGCGCAGCAAAGCUUCUUCGAGCCGCAGCCGGUUCGAGAAGAUGAUCCCGCAGCAGCGUAUCUACUUCGGCAAUGUGCGCACAACUGGUGCGAUCGAGAUCUUGUGACCAUUUUUCGGUCAAUCGUGCCGGGGCUAGAGUCAUCCGGGUCAGCUACACCGUUUCUGAUCAAUGAUAUCGUUAUGCCUGAGCCCGGUGAGAGCUGGCCACGGUUGCUAGAGCGGGAUAUUCGGCAGAUCGAUAUGAUCAUGCUAAUUGGCUUAGGCGCCAAACAGCGCACCAAGAGGGAAUUUGAGGCAUUGCUCAAAAAAGCAGAUGCACGAUACGAAAUCCUCAAGGUGCAUGCAACUGGUCCAAUGGGAUUGCUGGAGGUUUAUCUAAGACAGUGA